AUGGUCCUUUUGCAACGCCUCUUUCCGGGGCGAACUCUCGACCUCGAAACAUUAAAGGAGAUCUCGUCUACGCUCCAAUAUACAAAACCAGAAUAUUCAACAGCUGGCCUGGCAAUAAACAGUGACCGACAAAGUAGCAGCGCGGAUAGGGAUCUUGAAACUGACAGGAUCACCUCCAUGCAUAACCAGCUAGGGUGCUUGAUGGUUGACUCUAGAGGCGCGCAUAGGUACACUGGUGCAAAUUCUGGUGCUAGUUUCAACGCCGCUGUGCGUGAUAUGAAAGAGGGUGGAGUGGGAUUUUCUGGGGAACAUAUAAUUACUCCUCUGAAACAAAGCUCAUUACCCCCUCCAACGCCGGAUAUUGUAAGCAGCGUGUCCUCGGAGCCGCCUUACCUACCACCCAAGGCUCUCUGCAAUCAUUACGUGGCUCGAUUUCUUUCCAACAUUCAAUCUGUAUAUUGGUUUUACUCCCUGGAACAGUUCCACAUUCGUUUGGAAGAGACACUUUCAACGUCGGGGAUUCUAGCGCGUGCUUCGUGGCUUUGCUCUCUUUAUUCAAUUUUUGCGAUGGGAUCCGCAACAAACAUCAAAUCCUCAGAUAUUGAUAGCACUUGGAACCUCCCGAUUGACGCGAAGACCUGUAAUGAUUAUCUGCUGAUGGCGAAGAGACUUGUCCCUGAGGUCUGCGAUGAGGCUGACAUAGAGACAGUGAGAGCACUUGCCCUGUUGGGCCUUGCUCUGUCCUCUGCUUGCUAUAAAGUAUCCUCAUAUUUGUACAUUGGUACCGCUGUUCGAACUGCCAAUACCUUAGGUCUGCAUCGUAAUGUCUUCCCGUCAUCGGACAGCGAGCUGAGUAGGGAAUGUGCACGGAGACUGUGGUGGACUUUGUACAUGCUCGACCAGGCGACUGCCCAAAUGGAUGGACGGCCUCCUGCUAUAGCAGACCAGGACAUGAGUCCGGAGAUUCCGUUACCGUCGGAAGAGUUGUUUAAUAUUGGCACGCAUACUCCGGUUGGAUACCUUGCACUUGCUGUCUCAUUGAGUAAAUUGGCAAAGGCCAUCUCUCUCGACCUUUAUACCACCCCGUCGUUUCAGUCGCGAAAGAUUUCUCUGCGACGCGUAUUCCAGCUCAUAUCGUCUCUACAAGAAUGGUACGCUGAUGUACCAGCACAUCUAAAAUGCAAUGUGCCUCUUGCUCCGUCGCAUAGGCGACCGGUUGCUAUCCUCCAUCUCCAGUACUGGGCAUGUGUGAUUCUCGUCAGCCGUCCAUUUCUACUCUAUACUGCGCUCUACAGCUCCCAGUUGAAUAACUCCGAACUCAGAAGCCAGUUCGAAGAAUUAAGCAAAAUAUGUCUCGAUGCUGCCGAGAACUCUGUGGCUGUCAUCAAAUCGGCGCGCGACACCAACUUUCCCUCUAGCGUGCUCUACCUUGACACACACCUGAUCCUGGAGAUUGUGCAAAUCAUGUUUCUUGCUUACAUCAGAUCCAGUAACCCGACUUACCGUAGCAACAUUCAAUAUUGUUUCGCAGUCCUCCAGGAUAUGGACCCGGUCGGGUGUUGUAAAUACACCCUGUUGGAGGUGACCGCGCAGCUUACAAAAAGCGGAAUCGUCGUCAACCACAAUGGUGAUGCAGCAACUAAUAUGACUGAUGCCGACGUGUUUGACACAGUACUGCCGAGCGUAGACUUUGAUCUGUUAGUCGAUACUUUCCGGCCAUCAAACACCUCCGAGACUGACCUUUUCUCUUUUAGCGACUUCAUGAUUCAGAACCUAGGCGGUAGUUAUGAAUCCUUCAGCCCGGACCUUGGGUAG